ACAACACGAUCGCAACCGACGGACGACCAGUUUGCGCGAUCGCUCAUCGCUCUUGCCGGCAGAUCGGUUUUGGUAAAACCACCCAGCCAUCCGGGAGCGAGUUUUAGUUCUCCGGAUGAUAUGUUCGCGAAUGGUCACGCGCUAAGGAACGAACCCUGAACAACAUAUUAAGUGUACCUGCUAUUAAGAAGCACUAGUCGCGCGAGACGUUGUCGAUCGGUCGGUCGGUCGUUCGGUCGGGGCACAAGAAGAUCCCCACCUGAGUUGAAGAACCUGUGCCGGACAAAGAUAGUGUGUGGGCGCGCUGUGCAACGAACAGGUCGGUUUCCAGUGUGCAAAGCAAAGGGGACCCUCGUUUUCAGCAGCAUCAGGCAGAUUCUAGUCCCCCAUCGAUGUGUGUGAUUGGUUCUUUGUGCGUUCUGAUUUGAAGGGUGUGAAUAAAUUUCUUUUCGUGUGCAUAAAAGUUCCAGAGAGCAAGGACUCAACAUGCGUUUACUUGCGCCCAUAGGAUUAGUUGUUUUAGCAAUAGUUUCACACUGCCAAGCGCAAGGCUCAGACCCCACGGUAGGGGCAACGCCGGAAAAUCUCGCUGAAGUGUCCCAAAGUGUCACCAAUUUGGCCCAGAAGAUCAGUCUGGCCAUUGCCAACCCGAAGAGCAAAACGGAAAUAUUCUCCCCGGUGAGCAUAGCUGGUGCUCUGUCGUUGCUGCUGCUCGGUUCCGGUGGUACCACCAGAGAUGAGUUGAUGAACGUAAUGGGUUUCCAAAACAGUCGGCUCACAUUCACCGACAUCCACAAGAGCUUUGGGCGGCUGUUCCAGGAUCUGGUCUCGAAUGAUCCGGCCCAAAAUGUGAGCAUCCCUUGGCGAGUCACUGACAAGUGCAACAACUACGACUAUGAAGAUGAAGACUAUACCCAGGCGAAGCCAGCGACCCAGCAACGAGGCAAACGGGACACCGACUCGCACUUCAUCUCGGUGGCGAACGGCAUAUUCGUCGAUAACAGCCUUCCAUUGAACCCUCGAUACGUGAAACUAACGAGGGAACUGUACGGCGGAGAGAUCGCACCGAUGGCACUGUUUGGUGAUCCAGUGGGAUCAUCGAAUUUCAUCAAUAGCUGGGUUCAGCGAGCAACGAGGAACAAAAUCCAACAAAUUGUGUCUCCCGACCAAGUGAACAAUGCCCCGAUGGUGAUGGCCAGUGCGUUAUACUACAAGGCGAAGUGGCAAACCAUGUUCAUCGAACAGGACACCCGCCCAAGACCGUUCCAUCUCAACGGACCUAACGCUGCUCCAGUUGACAUCGAUACUAUGGCCACUAAUGGGUGUUUUCCGACCUACGAAGAUAAACAACUGGAUGCAAAGAUAGUGGGUCUACCAUAUCAAAAGGACAAGUCUACUAUGUACAUUAUUUUGCCUAAUGAUUCCGAUCCUCAAAAACUCAGAAAUCUUCAAAAUCGGGCUACAAUUCAGUACUGGAAUGAUAUUAUUGAUCAAAGGAUGAUAGUCAAAACUGGAACAAUUUUGCUACCCAAGAUGAAGCUAGAAAAUUCUAUUGGGCUGAAGACUGUACUGGCCGCCCUUGGACUACAAGAUGCUUUCAAUCCUGAUCGGUGCGAUCUCAAUGCAAUAACUAGAGAUGAUCCUAUUCUGAACGAUAUGAACCGAAGGUUUGCGGCCACGCAACCACCACAGCAAUCGAGGCCAGUUUACCGACCUUCCCCGACUACUCCACCGACCAACUAUCCGACAACUAAUCGCACUCCUCAACAAGUUCCCCAACAAAGGGUUGAAGUGCCUCUGAACGGUUCUGAGUGUGACAUGACCAUCAACUGCUCUUAUGAAAUAGAUCUAUGCACAUGUGCACCAAAUCAGCAAAUAGAGCAGCAAAAGGAAUGUCAUCCAAAGCCUUUCAUCGUUACCCCUGAUUGUGCCACCGAAAGAACAUUAAUUUCUGUUAAGGGGGAUUCUGUUCUGGGAUCUCCGUUGAAGUUGCAUGUAUGUAUCGCGGAUGGAUAUGACUAUAGCGGACAGUGCACAAGAAGCUGUUUCAAAUUUAGAGAUGGGUGCCUCUGCUGCCGAAAUGCUGCUCAACCCACAAACCAGCAUCCAUCAGUAGGACCUCAGCCGACGAGUCAAUCAGGAUAUCAACCUCCAGAAAACCAGCAACCUGCUGUCAAUCAACCAACGGAAACUGUGCUAGCUCCCGGAGACAUCGGAAACCGCUUCAAUGCCAACAAUGAUCCAGUAACUACCACCGCCCCCGUCCAUGGUCGUUGCCAAACGUUCAGAGAAUGUAACUUGUGGGGAAAAUGCCGCUAUACUACAUACUGUGCCUUGAUAAACACUCCGAGGAGAGCAAGACGGCAGGCGACGAACCCUCAAUCCAACAAACUCUUCGUCGGAGACGUUCUACACAAGGUUAGCCUCGUUAUCAACGAGGAGGGCACGGAAGGCGGAGCAGUGACAGCCGUUGUCGUCGAUCGGAUCUCCUCAUCGUUCAACCUGCGCGUGAAUGGGCCAUUCUUGAUCUACCUGCGCAGUGAAGUUACAAAAUUGCCCUUGUUCUACGGAGCGGUGUUUGAUCCUAGCCAAACGUCACCGUUCGAUCGCUAUUCUCAUGAAAUUCAGCUAGCAAACGGGUUAUUCCUGGACACCAGCUUCGAGCUAAACCCAACAUAUGAGAAGUUUGCCGAAGGCGUAUAUCAAGCCGAAGUCGAGAGGUUGGCCUUUUCUCAGAGUGCGGAUGAAGCCACCAAUCACAUAAACUCGUGGGUCAACCGAAACACUCAUGGAAAAAUUCCUGAGAUAUUUUCUAACGCUGUGGGGUCCAACACGGUAAUGGUGAUUGCCAGUGCACUGUACUUCAAAGCUUUGUGGGAACAGAUGUUCAUCGAAGGAGCGACUAGACCCCGAGAUUUCUAUCCCGAUGGGCGGAACAACACUGCGAUCAAGGUGGAAAUGAUGGCUCAUGGUGGUUGUUUCCCAUACUACGAGUCGCCAGAACUAGACGCCAGAAUUUUGGGAAUCCCGUACAAAAACAAUCAAUCCACAAUGUAUGUGAUUAAGCCGAACAACUCGAACCGCAAGGUUCUUCUAGAUCUGAUCGCAAACCUGAAAGCAGAUGUCCUCGAUGACAUGAUUGGCAAGAUGAAGCAGGUCACCGCUGUUGUGCUCUUCCCCAAAAUGCACGUAUCCAGCACGUUGAAUCUGAAGAAAACUUUAAGGCUUCUAAACGUUCGCUCAAUAUUCAGCACCGCAAAGAGUAAUUUGUCAGCGAUAUCUGGUGAUGGAUAUUCAUCACGACCAACACCUGUCGAUGAAGCUGCCGCGAAGCGACCGCCAUCUAGCAGUAUGGCAAUGAGACCAGCUGUUAAUUUACCCGUCUAUGUCAACAAGGUACCUUCGCAACCCAAUGAUUUCAGAGAUCGACUUGUAGUUUCACGGUAUCAAAACGAAACCUCCAAUGAAAUAACGGAAACCACCCAAUCUCCUAUUACCAAUAUGCCAACCACGCUUGACACAACCCUCGAAACAGACCCGGAAGAAAAUCCCACAAUUGUGUUCACCAGCUCCACGGAACAACCAUCAGCCAGAAAACAGAAACGCGAUGUCACCUACAAAGUGCCCUCCGAGGUCAAAAACAAGUCCGAUCCUCUGAACAGCAAGGACUUUUUCUCCAAGAAACGGAUCGUGAAAACCACCCCGGGCAAAAAGUCCCACCGAACGCGGCGCCAAGUCCAGAAUCUGUACGUCAGCGAUGCGAUCCACAAGGUCGAUCUGGAAAUCAAUGAACGUGGCACCGAGGGAGGCGCGGCGACGGCCAUCUCGCUGAACCGAUCCGGCACAAGUGCCGUCAUGCGGGCGGACGAACCGUUCCUGAUCGUGAUCCGAAACGACAAGACCAAACUGCCGCUGUUCUUUGGGGCCGUGUAUGACCCGAGCCCAAAACCGGUUGAAAUCGACGUGGGCAAUGGAAUUUUUGCAGUCACUGGUAGAGAGUUCGAUCACAAGUACCAAUACAUCGCCGAAAAAAUCUAUGGUAUUGAAACCCAAUACCUGGACUUUGAAAAUCGAACGCAAAACGCCAUUCGCACCAUUAACGAUUGGGUUAAACGGCAAACUCGCGGAAAGAUUGCAGAAAUCGUGUCGCAACUGAGCCCCGACACCAUGCUUGUCAUUGCCAACACCUUGUAUCUGAAGGCGGAAUGGGCGGAGCCCUUCCUGAGAGAUGGAACCAAGCCGAGACCAUUUUUCCCGGAUGGGCCCAACAGACCGUCGAUCAACGUUCCGAUGAUGGUUCAUGGUGGAUGUUUCCCGUACUAUUACUGGAAGGAAAUGCAAACCAAAGUGCUCGGUAUUCCCUACAAACAGGACAGCACAAUGUAUGUCUUCUUACCAGAUGAUUCUAACAGAGCAAAAGUCAGGGGAUUACAAAAUAAAAUCAAUUCGGGAGAGUUGAACAAGAUCAUUAAAAACAUGGAAGUUAAAACAGCAUCAAUACAAUUCCCAAAAAUGCACAUUCAGAAUUCAUUCAACUUGAAACAAGUACUGGAACAGCUCGGAGGAUCCUCCAUCUUUGACCGAGAGAAGAGUGAUUUGUACCGUGUGCUGACUAACUUGACCCGAUCCGGAGAUGACCUAGACGUUGACGAUGCGUUGGACUUUUUGGAGGAUACCCGGGCAAAUGCUGAAUUGGAACUGAAAAACGUAUUUGGCUGCUAUAUCACAGAGAAGGACGUUGAGAACGCUCAACAAUGCCUAAGCAGCGCGGAAUGCCGCUACGGAGGAGGAGUUUGUGUGUGCUGUGUUCAAACUACGAAAGGUCGCAAACGGCGUCAAACUCAACAGGGUGUCGACAAAAAAUCCCCGCUCUACGUGAACGAAGUUAUGCAUAAGGUGGAUGUGGUCGUCAACGAAAAAGGAACUGAAGGUGGCGCUGUUACUGCUACGCUGCUGGACAGAAUUACUCCCUUGGUUAACUUCAAAGCUAAUGCACCAUUCCUGAUGCUGAUCCGCGAGGAGGCGACUCAACUUCCGCUGUUCUAUGGCAGUGUUUACGAUCCGACAGCGUAGAUCGGUGUUAUGAAAUUCAAAACUAAUAAUUUCUUUCACUGUUUCAACUGGGAAGAAUCAAAACUAGAAUAGCUGCUCAAUAAUAUUAUAGAAAAUGCAAGAAUUUCUGGAAUAUAGUAACUCAGUAACAAUUGAAAAAUGUAAAAUGUUGUAGUUUUUUGAAUAAAUUUCUUUCCUUAA